AUGAUGUUAAAUAACGCGGAGCCCCGAAUUAUCUCGAACGGUCUCGAUCCCUUUGUCGCAAGUCAUUAUAUGAUAACAAUGAACGAGAAGUUUUUUGAGAUGGAUAACAACGCCUGGAGUGUCGUCUCCAACCCACCAGUCACGCCCAGCUGGGAGCAGCAUAUUGAAACUUUCCAAGACCACAAAAACUUCCCACUGGCAAAGUGUGGUGAGUUCUAUCAGGAUACGACACCGCUAUCCUCAGACCGCGCAAGCAACCCGCAAAGAACGCCUACUUAUGCGGCCAUACAUCCAAGGCAACAGCCAAACAAAGGGCAAUCCUUUUCGAUUCCAUUACAUCCAGUACCUAGCAUGAAUCAUGAUUAUGAUUCAAGUCCAACGCUUGGAAUAGAUUACUCUCAGAUGAGCAUGAACCAGGGACGCAGAAGUUUUGCAGCUUUUCAGAGCUGCAGAAGUUCAACAUCAUUGUCAAUGAAUCAAGUGCCGUUCUCUUUCAAUACCUUGAGAACCGAAGAAUGUUUCAGAAAUGACAACACAAGUCCAAGUACGGUUUAUAGCAGCCUCUCCACAUCGAAUAAGAGCUCGCUGAAUACAUGCGAUACUCUUGACUUAAAAUCCGGCGUUACACAUAAUGGCGCAGAAAGUGAUUGGUGCUCGGAUCGAAUAAACAAUCAUACCUAUAUACACAACAACAUCGACAAUCAUGCAGGUGAGAUGUCUAGGUCUUAUGAGGUUUCAAACUUUCAUGAUGGCCUUCCUAGACCGGAAGACAGGCAUCUAGAGCAUUUUGGGGACCCUUGGAGUCAAACGUAUGAGCUACCGAGCAAUUGGCCAUGCGAACCGUUUAUUCAAGGUACUGUCAGACCUAAAGCGUUGAACCUCAAUACAUCGUUCGCCUCCACCACCUCCAUCGCCACUACGGCAUCUAGCCAUGCCUCGACAUAUUCGUCAUCAGAGUUCACUGCGGUCGCAAACAGCCCGGAAGACACACCAAGUUCUUCACGUGCAGGGGAUCAAUUGGUGGCGGAGCAAACUCCUCAAUCACGUCCUCGACAUACGCUUCCAAGUUCCAGGCCCAUCAAAAAUGAUGAUGCGGAACUUUCUGGACUUCCAAGUAAUGUGAUAGUUACAAAUAAGCCAGAAGAACCUCGACAAAUCACCAGUAGCCCAGUGAAACAUCGCCGCGCGAGGGCCAGCACUCCAAUUAUCAGUGCAGUUGCAAACACUCGAAGUCAUUCAGUCAUCAAAAAGAACCUCGAUACCAAGGAUCAUAUUGUACCUACAGAACCCCAGAAUGAUUUGGUUCACGAUACAUGUCCGCCAGCCAUUGAUGCUCCUCAACUAAGCGACCGAUCCGCACAAAAUGGAUUUUUGGUUAACUCAAGGCGGGCUGGUAUGUCAUAUAGAACAAUUCGAACCAAAGGGAAGUUUACCGAUGCGGAGUCAACGCUCAGAGGUCGUUUUCGAACUUUGACCAAAGAUAAAAAGGAUCGAGUCAGAAGGCCAGAAUGGACAGACAAUGAUCUAAAACUCCUAAGCAAUGCUGCUAAACAAUUUGGGCGUGGUAACCGUGAAGGUUCAGAGCCAAAAGUACAGUGGAAGAAAGUUGCAGAGUAUAUCGCCGAAAAUGGGGGAUCAUAUCGAUUUGGUUAUGCCACUUGUCGGAAACGGUGGGUUGAGCUUGAAGGUCCUGAUUAA